CCAAAACACCCUGCACUUACUACCUACAAAAUCAGCGACAGAAUCCCUAACACUCCCUCACGGCAAACACCAUAUAUGAUCUUAGACCAGGGCGCCCUAGCCAUUUCCCACCGACACAACGUCGAUCAUCACAGACCAAGACGCUCAUCGCAUUCGCUGCUGUCAUUAGCGUACAGAACUACGCUGCACGUAUUUGCAGCCGUACCGGCGGUAAUUGACUAGCCGUCACGACAAAAAAUCGCUUCACUGCCUUCUUGUCGCACGGCUACCUACAUUCACAAUGGCCACCCCGCCCGAGAAGAAGCUGACGUCAGAGUACACCACUCCUUCGAAAGAUAAGGCCAACUUCUCGCCUCAAGAGCCGACUCCCACCCAAGGAACUCUGAUGAAACAUCUCCCGGUCAAAGGCGCUCCAGGAAAGGGAUUUCCUGGUGGCAUCCGACCUUUCUUAAAGGGCGUUUCUCUAACUCCCAUUCGCAAGCGCCGAACCAAGAUUUCGCUGUCUCCAGUCGAGAUUCCCGAGAAGGCAUCGGCUCUGAAGCACUACUCGUCCACGGGAUUCGGCACGCCGACCCAGACCGUCAUCGAUGAGAGUGCCCGCAACGCGGUCAUCGACGUUCCCACCUCCAGUCUUGACUUCGAGGACUUUUCCUUCAGAGCUCAUGACGGAUGGUUAGAGCCUAGAAGCCUCACCGAGGAACAGAACAAGGCUCUUAGAGAAUACUUAUUCAACGAGUUCGACCUCGUCUCGAUUAGCUACUCCUUCCCAUUCCUUGUCCUGCAAUGCUCUGGAGACGCUCCGGCCGAAGACAAUCGCCCCUUCACUAUUGCUGGCGCAAUCGCAGUCUGGCAGUUAGAGAACGACGACUAUUUCCUACCACUGUUUGGGGAGGAUGCUGAAGGGGACAUCAUCGAGAUCGAUGAUGAAAUCGCCGCGAUGAUGAAGCCCCUCACCCGUCCCCCUCAGGAGGUCAUUGACUUCUUCGCCUUCAAGCUCGUUCCCGACUGCAUCGGCUUGGCAGUCAUCUACAACACAAUCGUCAUCGAGCUUCCAAAGGUGGACAAAGAGACUUUCAUUCAACGUCUCUAUACGCUUCCUCGGGACAUUCGCCGGAUCCCUUUCCGGUUGCGGUACUGGAACGGCCCUCUACCAAACUCCGAGAGACGUGGUCGCGUCGUUGAGCCUCGACCGGAAGUCAAGGCGAAACAAGUUGCGGACGAAACUGAUUACGUCCAACUCGAUGGAAAAUUCUACCCGGGAACUAUGAUCCAGUCUCAGCCAUUCCGUCAGAAGGACAGUGACGGCAAUUGGAUGUUCGCAUCAGGACAAGCUACGGCUGGGAUUCUCGUCGAAAAGAAUGGUGAAAAGCGCCUCACUUGCUCAUACCACAACUGGGAGCCGCUGGUUGAAGAAGCUCCUGGUCUUUUUGGCCAGUCAACAUCUGAGGCAAAACACAAGUUCCAGGUGUUCCAGGGCGAUCCCGGCACGAAUGUUGGCUUUGUACGGGAGCGAAUGUAUAACACAGAUGUCGCCCUUGCUCAACUGAACGGCGACAUCUCCUUCGACAACAAAUUCAUGGAGGUUGAAGCUGAACCCAAGAAGCUUGUCCGCAGUACCGAUUGUGAGAUUGGUGAUGAGUAUAUCAUUGACUCGUUCGCAGUCGGAAAGCAGAAACUCAAGGGCCUGGGCUGGCGCUACAUCAAGAGGAUUAGGGGCCGUGGCGCCUUCUACCAUGAGAAAGGCAAACCUAUUAACUUAGCAAAUGAGCCUCAGCUGCACCAGACCUACAUCGAACUGCGACAGGGAAUAUGCGCAACGACCGCCGAAGUCAUGAGAAAGGUGCCAUACAUCCGAGAUAGCGUCUGCGGAAGUGUCCUUCUGAAGGCCGAGAAAGCUGGUAGCACUCGCAACGUCAUCAACGUAUUGCACGAAGGCGGAAUAUGCGGUAUGUUGCAUUAUGCAGACUUGCAACUGAAGAACGUGGAGAGAGCCGAGUACUUCCUUUGCUAUGCCGACGCAUUCGACUCACUCAUCGACGAUGGCUGGACAGUCGCGCAGUAAUAUCCCUUUUGUCUUGCCACGAACCCUCCUGCGUUAGAGCAAGGGAAUCAUACUGUAGUGGUGCGGUGGGACUAGGCCACGUAUAGCCUUUUGGAUGAGUAUUAUAUGGGUCUCGCACUUAUAUUUUCAUUGAUCAG